AUGUCGAUAUCCACUUCGGCCAGCGGAGCCAUGCUGCCCACGCUCGUGGCGGUGAGCAUUGCCUCGCUCACCAUCGGCUACUUUGCUGGCAUGGGCCGCUCGCUCGUCUCGUACAACGCCAACUCGCGCCGCAUCCUCCAAGACGACGACUCGUCCGACGACGACGACCUCGACGACGCCAAUGUCAGCAGCACCGAAGAGUGCAAGAUGAUCCUUGCCGUCCGUAUGGACCUCAAGAUGGAAAAGGGCAAGAUCGCCGCUCAGUGCGGUCAUGCUACGCUCGCGGUGUACAAGCUCGCACGGAGGAUCACGCCGGCGUUUGUCAAGCAGUGGGAGACGCUUGGACAGGCCAAAGUCGCCGUCAAGUGCCCCGACGAACCCACAAUGCUCGAACUCGAAAGCAAGGCCAAGGAACUUGGCAUCGCUGCCAGAUCCAUCAUCGAUGCAGGGCGGACGCAGAUCGCACCUAACUCGCGCACCGUGCUCGGCCUUGGCCCGGCACCCGUCUCGCUCAUGAACCAGCUCACGGGCCAUCUCAAGCUGCUCUGA